CAUCUGGAGUCGCAUGAUCAUGAUCUUGUCGCUCAAUCGAAAUUUUUGGAAGAUGAAAAGAAGUCAAAAUUGAAAAGCUUUCACAGGAAGAUUUGAAAGAGUCUCUAAUGGCUUCCUCUGCAAUUUUCUUUCCCCAAUUCCUUAAAUCCUCCGUUUUCCCCCAACCUUCAUCAUCAUCACACGCCACAAUCCGUUUGAUUCUCUCCAUCACACAAAAUGCUCUGCUCCAAAUCCCCCAAAAUCCACCGCACCUCCACCGCCGCCGUUGAACCAGUGCUCAACAACGAUGAUCUCUUCCUCGAGAUCCUUAUUCGUUUACCUAUCCGAUCCCUUCUAACAUUCAAAUCCGUCUCCAAACGAUGGCUUGCCCUAAUUUCCAAUCCCAGCUUCUCUCGCCGUCGAAGCAUUUCUAAUCCGCCCAUUCCUUCAGGUAUCUUCCUCGCCCGUCCCUACCCCGAUUCCCUAGCAUUCGAUUUCGUCAAUUUGACUGCAAAUCCGUCUAGGGCACCGUUCGAAUCUCUUAAUUUCACCUAUCAGGAAUACGGAAUUGUAAUCAACCAAUCCUGUAAUGGCUUGUUGUUGUGCAGUAGUAGUUAUGGAAACGAAUCGAAAAGAGAUUAUUACGUUCACAAUCCAACCACGAAGCACUUCACGACGCUUCCCAAGCUUCAAGCGCGAAAAAUUUUCGGUCUCAAUUUAGCAUUCGAUCCUUUGCGAUCGUCAGAUUACAAAGUAAUUUGCGUUCGAAACUCCGAUUCCUUCAAGAACAACUACGAAAUCGAAAUUUAUUCCUCUAGAUCUGGCCCCUGGAGGCCCUGCCAAGGCGUAUUUUCGGCUCCAUCAAGCAUGAGAUUCGAUUCCGGAGUGUACUGGAACAGCGCUGUUCAUUGGAUCGACGCUUGGGAGAACUGCCUGUACUUCGAUUUACGUGAAGAAAAACUCCAUGAAUUGCCGAUGCCUCGUGUUCCCGAUGGUUGGGAAGAGAGAAGAGUGGAGUAUUUUGGGAGUUGCGGUGGAAAUCUUCAUCUGAUUGAAAAUUAUAAACCUCAAGAUUUGGAGUUCAAUGUUUACGAAAUGAAAGAUGAUCAUUCUGGAUGGUUUGUGAAGUAUCGUGUUGAUCUUCAUUGCGUUUCUGUUGCAUUUCCAGAGAUUGUUCCAUCUGAAGAGGACAUGGAAUUUGGUUUCAUCCCGAAGUUUUCGGUGAUCACCAUUGUCGAUGGAAUUGAGGUGGGCGAAGAAUCAUAUCUUGUUCUGCAGAUUUUUGAGAAAAUUGUGAGAGUGAAUGUUGAGAGUGGAAGCUUUGAGAGGUUGGUGGGGACUGAUAAUGGUGGCGGAAUAUCACAAGUCAAUGGUUUCUUUGAACAGGUUGAAGCAUAUUUGUACAUAGAAAGUCUUGUGUGUGUUUAAGGUUAGGACUCCAAAAUCUUUUCGACCAAAAUAAAAUUUGGGCGGGUUAAAUUGGUGACCCUAACAAUAUA